AUGGCCGGACACCUGGGUCCCGACUUCGCCUUCUCGCCACCGCCCGGGGGCGGGGAGCCGUGGGUGGACCCCCGGGGCUGGUACGGGUACCCGGCUCCCCCCGGCGCGGCGGGGGCGGGGGCGGGGGCCGGGGCGGGAGGCGAGCCUUGGGGGGGCCCCUUCCUCCCGCCCCCCGCCGGGCCCCUCUACGAGGGCGGGGGCUGGGCCGGGGGCUGCUUCGUGCCGCAGAUCGGCGUGGGGCUCGCCCAGCCGCCCCCAGACCCCUCGGGGCCCGACGGAGGGCGGGGGGGCCGCCGGGACGCCCCCCCAGGGCGGCUCCCCCGAGCCGGGGGGCUCCGGGCCGGCCCUGAAGCUGGAGCCGGCCGAGAGCGGAGACGAGCCUCACCCCCGCGGCCCCGCCCUCAGCAGGAGACCCCAUCAAGGGAGGAGCUUGAACAGUUUGCCAAGGAGCUGAAGAGGAAGCGGAUCACGCUGGGAUACACACAGGCCGACGUGGGGGUCACCCUGGGCGCCCUCUUCGGGAAGGUGUUUAGCCAGACCACCAUCUGCCGCUUCGAGGCCCAGCAGCUGAGCUUCAAGAACAUGUGCAAGCUGAGGCCACUCCUGCAGAGGUGGCUGGAGGCGGCUGACGACAACGACAGACUGCAGGAGAUGUGCAAUGCGGAGACGGUGCUGCAGCAGGCCCGGAAGCGGAAGCGCACGAGCAUCGAGAACAAGGUGCGGGGCAACCUGGAGACCAUGUUCCUGCAGUGCCCCAAACCCAACCUACAGCAGAUCAGCAGCAUCGCCGAGGAGCUCGGGCUCGAGAAGGACGUGGUCCGCGUCUGGUUCUGUAACCGCCGGCAGAAAGGCAAGCGAGGAAGCGGCUGCUCUUCUCGGGAGGAUUUUGAGACGGCCGGGCCCUUCCCCAGCGGCCCCGUGCACCUCCCCCUGCCGCCUGGCCCCUCCCUCGGCCCCCCCGGCUACGGUGGCCCCCCCUUUGCCACCCUCUACUCCCCGGCCCCUUUCCACGACGGAGACGCUUUCGCCCCGGUUCCUAUCGCCCCCCUGGGCCCCCCCACGCACUCGAGCUGA